CUCCUCCCCAGCCAGAGCCAGACCCCGACUGCCCCACGGACAUCCUCGCACGCACGAGCACGACCUCCCUUCGAAAUUUUUUAGACCACGCCGCGGAUCAAAUCCACCACCGCUCUGCCUCUGCCUCUGCUUCUGCCACCACCGCCUGCUCCAAUUUUAUUUUCUCCCCUCGUGCGUCUCGCCCAACGAGCGACGAGCCGACAAGCCGCGGAGAAAGAGAUCGAUCGCGAUCGCCCCGCAUCCAUGUCGACCUCGCGCAGGCGGACCCUCCUCAAGGUCAUCGUCCUCGGCGACAGCGGGGUCGGGAAGACGUCGCUGAUGAACCAAUAUGUCCACAACAAGUUCAGUCAGCAGUACAAAGCUACGAUCGGGGCGGAUUUCGUCACCAAGGAGGUCCUGAUCGAGGACAGGCUCGUCACGUUGCAGAUAUGGGACACCGCGGGGCAGGAGCGAUUCCAGAGCCUUGGUGUCGCGUUCUACCGAGGGGCAGAUUGCUGUGUGCUCGUCUAUGAUGUCAAUGUUAACAAGUCAUUUGACACGCUCAACACAUGGCAUGACGAGUUCCUCAACCAAGCUAGCCCAUCGGAUCCCAAAACUUUCCCAUUCAUCCUACUUGGGAACAAGAUUGACGUCGAUGGUGGCAAAAGCAGAGUGGUUUCUGAGAAGAAAGCAAGGGAGUGGUGUUCUUCAAAAGGCAAUAUUCCUUAUUUUGAGACUUCUGCAAAAGAAGACUUCAAUGUCGACGAAGCAUUUUUGUCUGUUGCAAAGCUUGCUCUAGAGCAUGAGCGUGAUCAGGACAUCUACUUCCAAACAGUUGCAGAUCCUGUCGCUGAGACUGAACAGAGAGGGGGAUGUGCGUGCUAGUAGUUAGUCAUCUUUGUCCCUUCCAGUUUUUUGCGUACUGUAUGUGAUAUUCUUUUCAAGUGAUGCUGGGCAUUCCUUUUGAUUUGAUGAUGUACACUAGGGUGCCUGUGCAGCCGCUCAAUUCGCUUUUGUAGCCCCUGUAAGAUAGUUAGUGACUAUGGUUUUCGUACACUGAAUGAAUACUGAUGAGGAGCCCUGUUUCUUCAGUCGGGCAAUAAGAGUACGCAGUGAUACUACUGAUACAA